AUGACUGGGAUGCCCAUCUGGCCCUCAAGUGAGGCAACCGCCGGGACGCGUAGGCCGGCUCCCGAGCGGACACGUGCUCACGCGACGCGCGACAGGGGUGACGCGGAGCACGCGCACCGUGGUCGGGCUGCGCAGGCCGCACAGCUCACCCCCACCAGCUCCCGACCCAACCGCUCGUCGAACUGCCCGGCAUUAGUGCUCGACGGUCCCACAGGCAUUCACAAAAAAAACAUGGGGCAUGAUGAAGCUGUAGUUACUCAGAAUUCAGUAAAAGCACCAUCACCACCCAAGGAUCAGCCAGCUAUUUAUCCAUGCCUUGAUUGGUCGACUAUGCAGGCAUAUUAUGGCCCAGGGGUCUUACCACCAGCAUUCUUUAACCCUGGAAUAGCCCCCCCUGGUCAUGUCCCUCCACCAUAUAUGUGGGGUCCGCAGAAUAUGCCACUAGCUGCCUUUGGAAAACCAUAUGCUGCAAUAUAUCCACAUGCUGGUGGCUUCCUGCAUCCCUUCAUGCCCCUAAUGGUAAACCCAGUGAGUGCAGAGCCAGCUAAAUCUGUGAACAGCAAGGAUAAUAGUUUAAAUAAGAAACUGAAGGAAAUUGAUGGAACUGCUGUGUCAAGUGGUAACAGUGAAAAAACAAGUGGGGAUUACAGCCUAGAAGGAUCCAGCGAUGGAAACAGCCAAAAGAUGAGCGGAACGCCAAAGAAAAGGAACUUAGAUGAUAGGACUACAUCAGAAACAUGUGGAGUUUCGGCAACUAAUGAUAAACCAGGAGAAUCAGGAAGAUUACCAACUUUGUCCAGUGUGCACAUUCCAGAUGCAACGAUGAAACCAUGUGUGAGCACGGGUAGUUACUUCAAAGUUAGUGGUGCGACAUCAACCGAAUGGCCGGCUAAGGACGAUAAGGAAUCAAAGCGUGAAAGGAGGAAGCAGUCAAAUAGGGAAUCUGCCCGACGCUCAAGGCUGAGGAAGCAGGCUGAGACUGGAGAGCUGGCUAGGAAAAUAGAGUUACUGACCGCAGAGAACACAUCCCUCCGAAGCGAAAUCAGCAAGCUAACGGAAAGCUCCCAGAAACUAAGAGUGGAGAAUGCGGCUCUGAUGGCGGUACAUCAGACCAAGCACAAGAGGCGUCCGCAGGCCACCACCAGACGGCCACCGCGCCACCCGUCGGCUCGCGUCGUCAAGAACUUCCUCUCGAUGAUGGACGUCGAAGGCCCAUCGAGAGGUGGCGGCAGCGGCGGCCGGCACGUGGAGCACGGUGCGCCCAGGCUCCGCCAGCUCCUGAGCUCAGGUCCUCUGGCGGCUGACGCCUUGGCGGCAAGCUGA